AGUACCCAGUGGUACAUGCCCAGUCAUUAUUGUAUCAGACCCAGCGGAUCCAAUUUGUGGAUCAUGGGAGCAUGGCUGAGAUCUCGUGCACUUCAACAGAAAGCAUCGAAGAUGAUGGGCAUUCAUUCAGUUGGUACAGAAGAGGAGAUGGCGAAAUACCCCUUUUAAUUGAGCAUUGCUAUCGUGGGACUACAGGUAAAUUUGGUUGCAAAGCAAAAGGACACAAGGUGACGUUGGAAAUCUCCAGGUCUCAAAUGACGGAUUCUGGUCUAUAUUUCUGCGGCAAACGGCUCGAUUUUUCAAGAAUGUCUUUCAGCAAUGGGACUUCCCUGAUUGUAGGAGACAGUUACACCACAAGCACCUGGGUGAUGCUUUUGUUCCCAUCUGCACACCCAGGAUCCCUAUCUGUGCAGAGAGACUAUCUUGCUUGCGCGGUCCAUGGAGCGUCCAACUUGGUCCAGGUGUCCUGGAACAUCUCCAGAGAUCUCCAGCAAGAAGGAGAGACUUUCUUGGCAAGAAACAGCAGCGGCUCCUUGACCUUCAUCAGUCUCCUAUCCAUCCCCAUGGACUUGGAGACGAGGGGAAAGCUCUUCACAUGUGAAGUCAGGUUCAAUUCUUCCAGCAAGAGCGUGAAGAAGAAUGCCACAUUCUAUGCGGGUGGUCCCUCUACAGCAGACGAGGCCUGCCUAACCUCCUGGGUGCUGCCGGGUGUUGCCCGUGCCCUGGCAUUUCUGCUGCUGCUGCUGCCUCUCCUUUGGCUUCUUCUCCGCCCUUGCAACUAGCUAAGAUCAGUGACCGCAUCCUAGGAGUCAAUAAGAAGAUGGAUAUCAAAUCCUAUCCGAUCCAGGUAUUGCUUUGUGCAGGAAAAAACGAGCCAGAGAUUGUAGUAGCCUCUCUCCUAACAGACACACAAACACAUUUAAGUGCUGCAGUUAUGAAAAGGGCAACUCUGGCCACUGGCUUAUCCAAAGUAUGUUGCGCAUAAGCAGGCUUCUAGAAAUUAAUAGGACAAGAUUACUUUAACUUGUUUAAAGUAAACAAGUUUAACUUUUUAAAAAUAGUAUUUAAAUUGUUUUUAGUGCAUUUUGCAUGUGUGUAUAUGCAUAUACAUGCAUAGAUAUGUGUUGUGAUUUCAUGUGUUAUGUGUUUUUACAUAUGUGUUAUGUGUUUUUACACAGCAUGUUCUAAUGCUGUGCUGUGAGCAACAAACAAAUAAAGAAGUUGUUGUUGUU